CCUGCUGGACUUGCAGACCGGAAUGGGGCUCGCCUAAGGAGCCGAGCGCUGCGGAGGCUGCUGCGUGUUGGAUGGGCGUGGGAGGGGGCUGGAGCGGGAUUUCCAGGGCGCAGUCCGCCGGGGCUUUACGCCGGGCAUAAUGGAAUUGCAGAGGACGUCUAGUAUCUCCGGGCCGCUGUCGCCGGCGUACACGGGGCAGGUGCCUUACAACUAUAACCAGCUGGAAGGCAGAUUCAAGCAGCUGCAAGAUGAGCGUGAAGCCGUGCAGAAGAAGACCUUCACCAAGUGGGUCAAUUCCCACCUUGCCCGAGUGUCCUGCCGGAUCACAGACCUGUACACUGACCUUCGAGAUGGACGGAUGCUCAUCAAGCUGCUGGAGGUCCUCUCUGGAGAGAGGCUGCCUAAACCCACCAAGGGACGAAUGCGCAUCCACUGCUUAGAGAAUGUGGACAAGGCCCUUCAGUUCCUGAAGGAGCAGAGAGUCCAUCUUGAGAACAUGGGGUCCCAUGACAUCGUGGAUGGAAACCACCGGCUGACCCUUGGCCUCAUCUGGACCAUCAUCCUGCGCUUCCAGAUCCAGGAUAUCAGUGUGGAAACUGAAGACAACAAAGAGAAGAAAUCUGCCAAGGAUGCAUUGCUGUUGUGGUGCCAGAUGAAGACAGCUGGGUACCCCAAUGUCAACAUUCACAAUUUCACCACUAGCUGGAGGGACGGCAUGGCCUUCAAUGCACUGAUACACAAACACCGGCCUGACCUGAUAGAUUUUGACAAACUAAAGAAAUCCAAUGCACACUACAACUUGCAGAAUGCAUUUAAUCUGGCAGAGCAGCACCUCGGCCUCACUAAACUGUUGGACCCCGAAGACAUCAGCGUGGACCAUCCUGAUGAGAAGUCCAUAAUCACUUAUGUGGUGACUUAUUACCACUACUUCUCUAAGAUGAAGGCCUUGGCUGUUGAAGGAAAACGAAUUGGAAAGGUGCUUGACAAUGCUAUUGAAACAGAAAAAAUGAUUGAAAAGUAUGAAUCACUUGCCUCUGACCUUCUGGAAUGGAUUGAACAAACCAUCAUCAUUCUGAACAAUCGCAAAUUUGCCAAUUCACUGGUCGGGGUUCAACAGCAGCUUCAGGCGUUCAACACUUACCGCACUGUGGAGAAACCACCCAAAUUUACUGAGAAGGGGAACUUGGAAGUGCUGCUCUUCACCAUUCAGAGCAAGAUGAGGGCCAACAACCAGAAGGUCUACAUGCCCCGGGAAGGGAAGCUCAUCUCUGACAUCAACAAGGCCUGGGAAAGACUGGAAAAAGCGGAACACGAAAGAGAACUGGCUUUGCGGAAUGAGCUCAUAAGACAGGAGAAACUGGAACAGCUCGCCCGCAGAUUUGAUCGCAAGGCAGCUAUGAGGGAGACUUGGCUGAGCGAAAACCAGCGUCUGGUGUCUCAGGACAACUUUGGGUUUGACCUUCCUGCAGUUGAGGCCGCCACAAAAAAGCACGAGGCCAUUGAGACAGACAUUGCCGCAUACGAGGAGCGUGUGCAGGCUGUGGUAGCCGUGGCCAGGGAGCUCGAGGCCGAGAAUUACCAUGACAUCAAGCGCAUCACAGCGAGGAAGGACAAUGUCAUCCGGCUCUGGGAAUACCUACUGGAACUGCUCAAGGCCCGGAGACAGCGGCUCGAGAUGAACCUGGGGCUGCAGAAGAUAUUCCAGGAAAUGCUCUACAUUAUGGACUGGAUGGAUGAAAUGAAGGUGCUAGUAUUGUCUCAAGACUAUGGCAAACACUUACUUGGUGUGGAAGACCUGUUACAGAAGCACACCCUGGUUGAAGCAGACAUUGGCAUCCAGGCAGAGCGGGUGAGAGGUGUCAAUGCCUCCGCCCAGAAGUUCGCAACAGAUGGAGAAGGUUACAAGCCCUGCGACCCCCAGGUGAUCCGAGACCGCGUGGCCCACAUGGAGUUCUGUUAUCAAGAGCUUUGCCAGCUGGCGGCUGAGCGCAGGGCCCGUCUGGAAGAGUCCCGCCGCCUCUGGAAGUUCUUCUGGGAGAUGGCAGAAGAGGAAGGCUGGAUACGGGAGAAGGAGAAGAUCCUGUCCUCGGACGAUUACGGGAAAGACCUGACCAGCGUCAUGCGCCUGCUCAGCAAGCACCGGGCGUUCGAGGACGAGAUGAGCGGCCGCAGUGGCCACUUCGAACAGGCCAUCAAGGAAGGCGAAGACAUGAUCACGGAGGAGCACUUCGGGUCGGAGAAGAUCCGUGAGAGGAUUAUUUACAUCCGGGAGCAGUGGGCCAACCUAGAGCAGCUCUCGGCCAUUCGGAAGAAGCGCCUGGAGGAGGCCUCCCUGCUGCACCAGUUCCAGGCAGAUGCUGAUGACAUUGACGCCUGGAUGCUGGACAUCCUCAAGAUUGUCUCCAGCAGCGACGUGGGCCACGAUGAGUAUUCCACACAGUCUCUGGUCAAGAAACACAAGGACGUGGCGGAAGAGAUCGCCAAUUACAGGCCCACCCUUGACACGCUGCACGAGCAAGCCAGCGCCCUCCCCCAGGAGCAUGCCGAGUCUCCAGACGUGAGGGGCAGGCUGUCAGGCAUCGAGGAGCGGUAUAAGGAGGUGGCAGAGCUGACGCGGCUGAGGAAGCAGGCACUCCAGGACACUCUGGCCCUGUACAAGAUGUUCAGCGAGGCUGAUGCCUGUGAGCUCUGGAUCGACGAGAAGGAGCAGUGGCUCAACAACAUGCAGAUCCCAGAGAAGCUGGAGGAUCUGGAGGUCAUCCAGCACAGAUUUGAGAGCCUAGAACCAGAAAUGAACAACCAGGCUUCCCGGGUCGCAGUGGUGAACCAGAUUGCACGCCAGCUGAUGCACAGCGGCCACCCAAGUGAGAAAGAAAUCAAAGCCCAGCAGGACAAACUCAACACGAGGUGGAGCCAGUUCAGAGAACUGGUUGACAGGAAGAAGGAUGCCCUCCUGUCUGCCCUGAGCAUCCAGAACUACCACCUCGAGUGCAACGAAACCAAAUCCUGGAUUCGGGAAAAGACCAAGGUCAUCGAGUCCACCCAGGACCUGGGCAAUGACCUGGCUGGUGUCAUGGCCCUGCAGCGCAAGCUGACCGGCAUGGAGCGGGACUUGGUGGCCAUUGAGGCAAAGCUGAGUGACCUGCAGAAGGAGGCGGAGAAGCUGGAGUCCGAGCACCCUGACCAGGCCCAGGCCAUCCUGUCUCGGCUGGCCGAGAUCAGCGACGUGUGGGAGGAGAUGAAGACCACCCUGAAAAACCGAGAGGCCUCCCUGGGAGAGGCCAGCAAGCUGCAGCAGUUCCUACGGGACUUGGACGACUUCCAGUCCUGGCUCUCUAGGACCCAGACGGCGAUCGCCUCGGAAGACAUGCCGAACACCCUGACCGAGGCUGAGAAGCUGCUCACGCAGCACGAGAACAUCAAGAACGAGAUCGACAACUACGAGGAGGACUACCAGAAGAUGAGGGACAUGGGCGAGAUGGUCACCCAGGGGCAGACCGAUGCCCAGUACAUGUUUCUGCGGCAGCGACUGCAGGCCCUGGACACUGGAUGGAACGAGCUCCACAAGAUGUGGGAGAACAGACAAAAUCUCCUAUCCCAGUCACAUGCCUACCAGCAGUUCCUCAGAGACACGAAGCAAGCCGAAGCCUUUCUUAACAACCAGGAGUAUGUUCUGGCUCACACUGAAAUGCCUACCACCUUGGAAGGAGCUGAAGCAGCAAUUAAAAAGCAAGAGGACUUCAUGACCACCAUGGACGCCAAUGAGGAGAAGAUCAACGCUGUGGUGGAGACUGGCCGGAGGCUGGUGAGCGAUGGGAACAUCAACUCAGAUCGCAUCCAGGAGAAGGUGGACUCUAUUGAUGACAGACAUAGGAAGAAUCGUGAGACAGCCAGUGAACUUUUGAUGAGGUUGAAGGACAACAGGGAUCUACAGAAAUUCCUGCAAGAUUGUCAAGAGCUGUCUCUCUGGAUCAAUGAGAAGAUGCUCACAGCCCAGGACAUGUCUUACGAUGAAGCCAGAAAUCUGCACAGUAAAUGGUUGAAGCAUCAAGCAUUUAUGGCAGAACUUGCAUCCAACAAAGAAUGGCUUGACAAAAUCGAGAAGGAAGGAAUGCAGCUCAUUUCAGAAAAGCCUGAGACGGAAGCUGUGGUGAAGGAGAAACUCACUGGUUUACAUAAAAUGUGGGAAGUCCUUGAAUCCACUACUCAGACAAAGGCCCAGCGGCUCUUUGAUGCAAACAAGGCCGAACUUUUCACCCAGAGCUGUGCAGAUCUAGACAAAUGGCUGCAUGGCCUGGAGAGUCAGAUUCAGUCUGAUGACUAUGGCAAAGACCUGACCAGUGUCAAUAUCCUGCUGAAAAAGCAACAGAUGCUGGAGAAUCAGAUGGAAGUGCGGAAGAAGGAGAUCGAAGAGCUCCAAAGCCAAGCCCAGGCCCUGAGUCAGGAAGGGAAGAGCACCGACGAGGUGGACAGCAAGCGCCUCACUGUGCAGACCAAGUUCAUGGAGUUGCUGGAGCCCUUGAACGAGAGGAAGCAUAACCUGCUGGCCUCCAAAGAGAUCCAUCAGUUCAACAGGGAUGUGGAGGACGAGAUCUUGUGGGUUGGAGAGAGGAUGCCUUUGGCAACUUCCACGGAUCAUGGCCACAACCUCCAGACUGUGCAGCUGUUAAUAAAGAAAAAUCAGACCCUCCAGAAAGAAAUCCAGGGGCACCAGCCUCGCAUUGACGACAUCUUUGAGAGGAGCCAAAACAUCGUCACUGACAGCAGCAGCCUCAACGCUGAGGCCAUCAGACAGAGGCUUGCCGACCUGAAGCAGCUGUGGGGUCUCCUCAUUGAGGAGACAGAGAAACGCCACAGGCGGCUGGAGGAGGCGCACAGGGCCCAGCAGUACUACUUUGAUGCUGCUGAGGCCGAAGCCUGGAUGAGCGAGCAGGAGCUGUACAUGAUGUCAGAGGAGAAGGCCAAGGAUGAGCAGAGUGCUGUCUCCAUGUUAAAGAAGCACCAGAUCCUAGAACAAGCUGUGGAGGACUAUGCAGAGACCGUGCAUCAGCUCUCCAAGACCAGCCGGGCCCUGGUGGCCGACAGCCAUCCUGAAAGUGAGCGCAUUAGCAUGCGGCAAUCCAAAGUGGAUAAACUGUACGCUGGUCUGAAAGACCUUGCUGAAGAGAGAAGAGGCAAGCUGGAUGAGAGACACAGGUUAUUCCAGCUCAACCGGGAGGUGGACGACCUGGAGCAGUGGAUCGCUGAGAGGGAGGUGGUCGCAGGGUCCCACGAACUGGGACAGGACUAUGAGCAUGUCACGAUGUUACAAGAACGAUUCCGGGAGUUUGCCCGAGACACCGGGAACAUUGGGCAGGAGCGCGUGGACACGGUCAAUCACAUGGCAGAUGAGCUCAUCAACUCUGGACAUUCAGAUGCCGCCACCAUUGCUGAAUGGAAGGACGGCCUCAAUGAAGCCUGGGCCGACCUCCUGGAGCUCAUUGACACAAGAACACAGAUUCUUGCCGCUUCCUAUGAACUGCACAAGUUUUACCAUGAUGCCAAGGAGAUCUUUGGGCGUAUACAGGACAAACACAAGAAACUCCCUGAGGAGCUUGGGAGAGAUCAGAACACAGUGGAGACCUUACAGAGAAUGCAUACUACAUUUGAGCAUGACAUCCAGGCUCUGGGCACACAGGUGAGGCAGCUGCAGGAAGAUGCAGCCCGCCUCCAGGCGGCCUACGCGGGUGACAAGGCCGACGACAUCCAGAAGCGCGAGAACGAGGUCCUGGAAGCCUGGAAGUCCCUCUUGGACGCCUGUGAGAGCCGCAGGGUGCGGCUGGUGGACACGGGGGACAAGUUCCGCUUCUUCAGCAUGGUGCGCGACCUCAUGCUCUGGAUGGAGGAUGUCAUCCGGCAGAUCGAGGCCCAGGAGAAGCCAAGGGAUGUAUCAUCUGUUGAACUCUUAAUGAAUAAUCAUCAAGGCAUCAAAGCUGAAAUUGAUGCACGUAAUGACAGUUUCACAACCUGCAUUGAACUUGGGAAAUCCCUGUUGGCGAGAAAACACUAUGCAUCUGAGGAGAUCAAGGAAAAAUUACUGCAGUUGACAGAAAAGAGGAAAGAAAUGAUCGACAAGUGGGAAGACCGAUGGGAAUGGUUAAGACUGAUUCUGGAGGUCCAUCAGUUCUCAAGAGACGCCAGUGUGGCCGAGGCCUGGCUUCUUGGACAGGAGCCGUACCUAUCCAGCCGAGAGAUAGGCCAGAGCGUGGACGAGGUGGAGAAGCUCAUCAAGCGCCACGAGGCAUUUGAAAAGUCUGCAGCAACCUGGGAUGAGAGGUUCUCUGCCCUGGAAAGGCUGACUACAUUGGAGUUACUGGAAGUGCGCAGACAGCAAGAGGAAGAGGAGAGGAAGAGGCGGCCGCCUUCUCCCGAGCCGAGCACGAAGGUUUCAGAGGAAGCCGAGUCCCAGCAGCAGUGGGAUACUUCAAAAGGAGAACAAGUUUCCCAAAACGGUUUGCCAGCUGAACAGGGAUCUCCACGGGUUAGUUACCGCUCUCAAACCUACCAAAACUACAAAAACUUUAAUAGCAGACGGACAGCCAGUGACCAGCCAUGGUCUGGACUGUGAAGUUCACUACCAUUUGUCAAGAAUCACCCUUUCCAAAUCCUCUGGGUUUUGACUUUUUGGCUUCCACUUCACCCAAAAUGUUAAAAUUUUUACUUAAUUCAUAGCCUUCCUUGGUUUCAUAUUUGUUUGCAUUUAAUUCAUGUUUGAGUCUCUUAACUGAUGGAUGCCCAGUUGCCUUAAAGCAGCAUACUUAUUUUUUGUUUAUUUAUUGUGAGCUUUUUACUUUAUUAAGAUUUUACAGCGAAACCCUUACAUGAGUAAUUGAAAUGAAAUUAAAUGAGAUUACAGCAUAAUGAAGAAGAAAACUAGAAUCUAACAGGUAUGACACAUUCAGUUAUUCUAACAGGGCACAGUACUGUGCUAUAUGUAGCCCCCUUUACAGAUGUUAUUAACCUAUAAUAGUUUACUUUUAACUAGGAAGACUGGUGUAUGAGGAGGGAGACAUUCUAUAAUAAGAUUAAAACCUAAAGUCAGCUGUGUAACAUUCCAUGAAAGAUGCAUUCAUUUAUUGACGAUGACAAAAAAGAGAGUCAGAUAUAUUCUGGAAGCUAUUUUAAUUUUAGGCACACAAUCUCAUACAUUUUGAGACCCUUGGAUCAUUUAUUACUUUUUACAAACUAGUUCCUCUCUUUUUUUCUGCCAAGUCCUGAAUUGAAAACUGUAGGCUUCCUUGCACAGAUGUUGCAGCCAGCCUCAGGAGUAAAGUGCCCACUGACUGCUGCCGCCACCUCUGUCUCGCUCCCUGUCAGUGUUGCUGUCACGUGGGACGCGGCAGGUGACAGCCGUUCUCAGCAUGUUUUAGAAGCUUGCCUUACAGACUUCCAUGCCUCUCCAUUCAGCCGAUGACUUCAGGGUGUCAAACUGUUUUAAUUUUUCAAACAAAUGGAACAGAAGCCAUUGUGGUUCAUCCUGAUUACUUGAACACUGCACUUGGUGGACCGUGCCUGGGAGCGCUCGCAUGCCCCCUGGCUUCAGAAGUCAUGUCAGUGUCUCUGUAGACAAACUCCACUGUACAUCUUGGAUUAAUCUUCUGAUUCAUUGUUCAUUUUCUCAAGACUUUUUGUGGAAUUCUCUGAUAAAGGAAGCUUUUAGGAUGGUAUCUAUCAGGCCACCAGCAGGAAUUGAAAAUGUUUUCACAAAAAUCCAUUUCCUUAGAAAUAAAAGCUGGUGACAGAGAUGGUUUCCUUGUGCAAAACCAAAUCCAUAAUAUACAUCAAAACCUUGUGAGACAUUCACUUGCUCUUUUGCCAUAUUUAGAUGUGUUAGUGGAAUCAGAAACCUGUUUUGAUAUGUGUUCUCCAUGAGUUAAGUCUGAUUUGUCUUUUUAUUUCAUGAUGCAUGUCUUUUUUUUUCUUUUGUCAGGAUAACGUCAUAUAGCAUCUUGUUUGUUUUUUCUUAUCUCUAUGUACAUAUCUAUCUACUUCUGACUGUAGAUGGGUAUAUAGAUAGAUGCCAAGCUUCUUAUGUUCUGGGGGUAGUAUGCAUCAUUAUUGGGUCUCUGCCUUAAAACACAUCAAAAUUCAUUUUAGAAAAAAAAACUUCUGCUUUGUUUUUGGUCAUUAGGGAGCUCUAAUGUGUGUUUCUGGCUCCAAGUUACAUUUUGUGUUUCAUUGAUCUAUAUGUAUAUAUGUGAUGUUUUCAUAUAUAUAUGUGUGUGUUUAAAUUUUGUAUCAUCAGGACUGACACCCAAUUUGACACUUUUUGUAUCUAGAAGACCCUCCAAAAAAGGAACCACAUAAGCACACAAGAAAGGAGUGCUAUGAUGUUUUUAGCAUUUGCUAUCAUGCCUAUUUUAAUCUAGAUUUUUAAAUGUAGCUUGUCAUAACAAAAUUUUAAUUACAAUUGGAUUGUAUUAGAAGAAGAAAAAGUAUUGUUUUGAGUGAUGAUGCAGAGACUCAAUGAACUUGAAAAUAGCAUUGCUUCAUGCACUUUGAAAACCAAUCGGGUGUUUUCUGUGCUACUAGUUGUCACAUUGCAUUUAUGUUCACCUCCUGAUUUAAGUAUCUCGGGUGUGCCCAGCCACUAAAGCACUCUGGACUAAUCGCUAAAGAGAAGCAACGUGGGGGGUGGGGUUGCGGGGGAUGUGUUCACAUGUACCCAUCAUUUGAUCAUAGCACUGUGAUUGCUUUUGAUGUGUGUCUCUAGUGGUGUGUUGUCUGUUGGCAUGCUUAAAGCACAUGUCCAUUAAAAUUCAUUUUGUUCCUUUUA